GUGUAUAGGGCUGUCAUAUAGGUACGGUCUGGUAAUAGCUGAAGUGUAGGACUCUUUUUCCAAGCCAGUAGAUUUACCUCACCGAACAUGAAAUAGAAUACAAGAUACACGGGAAAGUCACUGAACACAAGAUACAGGGAAAGUCACUGAACUGUAGUAAACGUUUUCAAUACGAGGCUUAGUUAGUCUUUUUACAUGGGAGUGUGAGAACAAACCUUAGAAAUGGCUUCAAACAAUAUGCAAGUACUCAAAGACAUUGCCAACAAAUUGAGGAUACAUAGCAUUAACAGUACAGAUUCUGCAGGCACAGGACAUCCAACAUCAUGUAUGUCCAUGGCAGAGAUUAUAUCUGUCCUCUUCUUCAACACUAUGAGGUACAGUAUUAAAGAGCCCCGUGGUCCCUCCAAUGACCGCUUUGUCUUGUCUAAGGGUCAUGCUGCCCCAAUAUUGUAUGCAGCCUGGGCUGAAGCAGGACUUUUCCCUACAGAGGAUCUGCUGAACCUAAGGAAACUUAACUCUGACCUUGAAGGCCAUCCUACCCCUCGACUGAACUUUAUUGACGUGGCAACAGGGUCCUUGGGCCAGGGUCUGAGUGUUGCUGUGGGAAUGGCAUACACAGGAAAGUACUUUGAUCAGGCUGAUUACAGAGUCUACUGUGUCAUUGGAGAUGGAGAGAGUGCUGAGGGUUCCAUCUGGGAGGCCAUGGCUUUUGGAAGUCAUUAUAAACUGGACAAUAUGGUGGCCAUCUUUGAUGUGAACCGCCUGGGACAGAGUGAGGAAACCAGCCUGCAGCACCAAAUUGAUGUGUACAAAGCCAGAGCAGAAAGCUUUGGGUGGAACACCUAUGUUGUGGAUGGACACUCUGUGGAGGAUCUGUGUAAAGCAUUCCAUGAGGCUUCCUCUGUCAAAGGCAAGCCUACCUGUAUAGUGGCCAAGACCUACAAAGGACAAGGUGGAUCAGUGGCUGACCAGCUGAACUGGCAUGGUAAACCUCUUGGUAAGGAGUCUGAAGCCUCCAGGAAUGCAAUUGCCAGCAAAAUAGUCAACAAAGGACCACAUGGCUUCCAACCUCCCACUCCCACCACUGUCCCAGAAGUCAACAUUUCCAACAUCACAUUGUCAUCUCCUCCUGUCUAUGAAAAGAAUGCAAAGGUGGCUACCAGACAUGCCUAUGGAACAGCUCUUGUGAAGCUUGGCAAGAGUAAUGACAGAGUGGUUGCUAUGGAUGGUGACACCAAAAAUUCAACAUUUGCCAUCGAUUUCAAGAACGCGUUCCCGAAUCGGUUUAUUGAGUGUUUCAUUGCGGAGCAGAAUCUGGUUGGUGUUGGUAUUGGAUGUGGCUGCCGUAAUCGUACAGUGCCCUUCAUCAGCACAUUUGCCUGCUUUCUGACAAGAGCCUUUGACCAGAUCAGGAUGGGGGCCAUAUCACAAACCAAUGCCAACUUUGUGGGCUCCCACUGUGGAGUGUCUAUCGGAGAGGAUGGCCCUUCUCAGAUGGCUCUGGAGGAUAUUGCCAUGUUCCGUUCCAUCCCUGGGUCAACAGUGUUCUACCCAAGUGAUGCUGUAUCAUGUGAGCGUGCCAUUGAAAUGGCGGCAAACACCAAGGGAGUGUGCUUUAUCAGAACCAGUCGCCCACCAACCAGCCUUCUGUAUGAUGAACACACUGACUUACAGAUUGGGAAGGCUCAGGUGGUUCGCCAGUCUGACAAUGACUGUGUCACUGUGAUUGGCUGCUGUGUGACUCUACACCAGGCUCUGAAGGCUGCAGACAUAUUGGCAUCAGAUGGUUUGAACAUCCGAGUGAUUGACCCCUUCACCAUCAAGCCAAUGGAUAAGGCAACCAUUGCGGAAAAUGCUCGUGCUACAGGCGGUCGUAUCAUCACUGUAGAAGACCAUUAUGCCUGGGGUGGACUUGGAGAUGCAGUUUGUGCAGCAGUCUCUGAAUAUGGAGAAUUUGCAGUCCACAAAAUGGCAGUGACAGAGAUUCCCCGCAGUGGCCCGAGUGAUGCUCUACUGGAGAAGUAUGGUAUCAGUGCCAGCUGUAUCAUUAAAAAGGUGAAAGAAGUGUGCAAGGCUUAAGUCACCAACUGACAUUGUAUAGAAGUCUGCCAGGCUUAAACUAGAUCACUAUGUGACAUUGUAUGGAAGCCGGAUCACCAACUGAUAUCAUAUACAACAGAUUGUCGUUGGAUCUUACUAACCUUUUGUUCAUUUUAUUGAAUCACAUUCUAAAUAACUUUUUGAUAUACAUGAAAUUAAGGAUAUUUUUCAAAUACAAUGUAUAACACUCUUGGCAGUUUACAGGGAAGAAGUAAAGUAUUUGUAGCAAAUUGUAGUUAGAGGGAAAAUUGACCUUUUAGUCUCUGAAGGUCACAUGGAAAUAUUUCUGGAAAAACUGAUAUUUUGUAAAUUUUGUUAUUUUGGAGAAAACUUCUUUUGAAGUUUAAUAAUUGAUUAUCAUCCAAGUUGUAAUUGUUGUAUUCAUGUCAAAAUUUUGUUACUGAUGGAACAUCAUGAAAAAUCCUAUAAAAUAGGAGUGUUAUUGAUUUGUAGAGAAUUUACCUUCUGUAGUGUAGCAAUGUGCUAGCUGGGCUUCCUCUCACAAAGUCCUGGAGUGUACUUAAGUGCUUUUUUGUAGAUUUAUAAGCAAACAUUUCUGUUUAUAAUGAAGUUGUACAUGAGAUUUCAUGUUCACAGGUAUAUGUAAGCUUUAGAGAAUUGUAUGUGUUUACCCAGUGUGUUGUUGGUGUGGUAUACCACAACCAGAGAAAUGUAACAGGAGGAUCAGAUCAGGUUUAUACUGUAUGAAAUUGACAUUUCUUCCAUCCAUCAGAUCAAAGUUAUUUUCUUUCAAUUUAUUUAAAUCCAGUUUGUCUUCAUACCACUUAAAGCUGUUCCGUUUUAUAGUUUUCAUAUGGAUUAAUUUUUUCUGUUUUGCUUUCAUAGCGAUUAUAAUUUUUCAGUUUUAAUUUAAGUCCAAAUGUAAUUGCAAAUAAUUAGAUGUAUUUGGGAAUAGUUGGAAUGGAAAGUCUGUUUCCAAAAUAGAACAUCAUUUAUGUUAUCAAUUGCAUACAACUGUGCUCAAUAUAUAAUGUACCACUUUAAUUUUGAAAUAAAUCAGGUAUGUGUCACAAAAAAAACAAAAAAAUUGCAACAAACAUUCAAAAUUUAGACAGCUGAGAAUUGAAAUAUCUCCCAUGGCUGACUUGACUCAAAGAUGAAACCCUGAGACAAGAUUAUAUAGAUUCUGGUGCAUUAUUGUUUUUGAUGAAGUAUUUCUAUCAUUAUGAGUUCUCACUCAGUUGUAAGAGUUUGUAUGUAAAGAGAAAGAAAUAAUACAUUGUAACUGGUCUUACAGUUAGUCCCUUGUUGUUAUUGGUUUGCGUGGGUAAUUAUCGGUAGUAGUUCAUGUCCAACAGAUGUAAUAUAUCUGUUGGUGAAUGGAAUUGUUUGUUGUGUGAGUAACAGUUAUUCGCAUCAGCCUAGAACCUCUGCCCUAGGGUUCCUAUCACGCUAUUGACAACUUUUUUCUUAUCUACAGCAAAGUUAUAGCUAUUAUAUAUCUGUCUUCUGAAAUAAAUAUAAUCUAUAAUUUUUUAGAAAAAAAA